GUUUGUUUCGCGUUGCUGCUGGACCUUUAAAAAGAGCUCGGAGGAAGGGAGAAAAAUAAACCAGAACACAGAAAGAGAGAGGAAGGAGAGGGGGGCCCUUAAACGAAACAAACAAACAGAAAAACACCACGAAGACCAGGCGAGCAGGAGAGAGGAACCGGGCGGCGCGGGGGGGAAAGAGCCGACCCAAAGCCCCUAAAAUGGAGACUGUCACCCGGAGCAGCUUCCACCCGCACCCCGGCCUGCGAAAGACCUUGGAACAGUUUCAUUUGAGCUCCAUGAGCUCGCUGGGUGGUCCGGCCGCCUUCUCGGCGCGCUGGGCGCAGGAACUCUACAAGCGGGAGAACGGCAAGGAGCCUUCCUCCUCCUCCUCUUCCUCCUCCUCCUCCUCCUCGGCCGACCCGGUGCUCCACCUGCCGCCCAUCCAGCCGCCGGCGGUGAUGCCGGGCCCCUUCUUCAUGCCCUCGGACCGCUCGACGGAGCGCUGCGAGACGGUGCUGGAAGGCGAGACCAUCUCGUGCUUCGUGGUGGGCGGCGAGAAGCGCCUCUGCCUGCCGCAGAUCCUCAACUCGGUCCUGCGGGACUUCUCGCUGCAGCAGAUCAACGCCGUCUGCGACGAGCUGCACAUCUACUGCUCGCGCUGCACGGCCGACCAGCUGGAGAUCCUCAAAGUGAUGGGCAUCCUGCCCUUCUCGGCCCCUUCCUGCGGGCUCAUCACCAAGACGGACGCCGAGCGCCUUUGCAACGCCUUGCUCUACGGCGGCGCCUACCCGCCCGGACGCUGCAAGAAGGAGUACGCCGCCGGGGGCGGCCCCGGAGGAGGAGGAGGAGGCGGCGGCGGCGGCCCCGGCCCGAUCGAGCUGGAGGUGACCGAGCGGAGCUUCAAGGUCUACCACGAGUGCUUCGGCAAAUGCAAGGGGCUGUUGGUGCCCGAGUUGUACAGUAACCCCGGGGCGGCGUGCAUCCAGUGCCUCGACUGCCGGCUCAUGUACCCGCCGCACAAGUUCGUCAUCCACUCGCACAAGGCGCUGGAGAACCGGACUUGCCACUGGGGCUUCGACUCGGCCAACUGGCGAGCUUACAUCCUCCUGAGCCAGGAUUACGCCGGCAAGGAGGAGAAGGCCAGGCUGGGCCAGUGCCUGGACGAGAUGAAGGAGAAGUUCGACUACAGCCACCGAUACAAGAGGAAAGCGCCCAGGAAUACUUACAAAAGCUGUGAAACCAUGGAAGAGAGGACCAUCAUCAAGAGAAGUGUCCCAUCUGAUCCACCUGUCCCUAAGAAACCCAAAACAGAUGACUCCUUGCAGUCUCCUCUACUUGGCGACAAAGAGAAGCAGUCUAAUUGGUUACGGUCUUUGUCCAAUUCAUCCGGCAAGAAUAUUGGCUGCGUUCACCCACGGCAGCGUCUCUCUGCCUUCCGGCCCUGGUCGCCUGCCAUCUCGGCCAGCGAGAAGGACCUGUCAAAUCACAUCCCCGCUUUGAUCAGAGACAGUUUCUAUUCCUAUAAAAGUUUUGAGAACGCCAUCGCUCCCAAUGUCGCCCUCGCUCCCCCGCCUCAGCCAAAGAUUGUAAGCAACCCCCCUUGUGCCACGGCAGCAUCACGGAGCAGCGAGGUGCUGAACAGCCCUCCCCAGCCCAGAAAAAGAAAACAGGUCUCUGAGACACCAGCCAUUCCCGAACCCGCGCCCACCAUCGCCCCCGCCGUUCCCGUUCCCGAAGAAGACAAAGAGUCCGAAGCAGAAAUUGAAGUCGAAACCAGAGAAGAAUGUAAGUUCACCUCCUCUCUGUCCUCGCUCUCCUCUCCGUCCUUCACCUCCUCGAGCUCAGCCAAGGACAUGAGCUCCCCCAGCAUGCCGGCCCCGCCCCCGGUCAGCACUGUGUUCGAAGUCGCCGGCCACGCCGAGCCCCAGAGCAGCGCCAGCGGGUUGGAGGCCGAACUGGAGCACCUCCGGCAGGCCUUAGACGGCGGCCUGGACACGAAAGAGGCCAAAGAGAAGUUCCUUCACGAAGUUGUAAAGAUGAGAGUCAAGCAGGAAGAGAAACUCAACGCUGCCUUGCAGGCAAAACGCAGCUUGCACCAGGAGCUGGAGUUCCUCCGCGUGGCCAAGAAAGAGAAGCUGAGAGAGGCCACGGAGGCCAAGCGCAACUUGAGGAAGGAGAUUGAGCGUCUCCGAGCGGAGAAUGAGAAGAAGAUGAAAGAGGCCAAUGAGUCACGGAUAAGACUCAAGCGGGAACUUGAGCAAGCCCGACAGGUCCGGGUGUGCGACAAGGGCUGUGAGGCCGGCCGGCUGCGCGCCAAGUACUCCGCCCAGAUCGAAGACCUGCAGGUGAAGCUCCAGCACGCAGAGGCCGACAGGGAGCAGCUGCGGGCCGACCUGCUCCACGAGCGGGAAGCGCGGGAACACCUCGAAAAGGUGGUCAAGGAACUUCAGGAGCAGCUGUGGCCGAAGCAGAGCGACCUGCCCACCAGCGAACACGCGUCAAAAGACAUGGGGAAUUAAGCCAAUGCUGAAGAGCGCCAGGGACGGCGGGUCUCCAUCUGUAGGCCAGACUGACGAAAUAUGCACAGUAAGGGAGAGCGUGGGAGAGAGAGAGAAAGAGAGAGAGAGAGAGAGAGAAGGGGAGUGUGAGAGAGAGACAGAGACACGCUGAGGCCAGCGUGGACAUCCCUGUGCAUUAAGAAAAAGUUGAACUUUUUAAAUUGGAGGACAAAUGUUACUCUUUAUAACAGAAGCACUGAAGUCGGCCUCUCUCUCCCCCCUGCCCCUCGAUUCAUAUAGCACAACAUCUUCCUGUGCCUGUAACAAUGAAGAGUGUUUAUAAACCCAAACUCCAUUUUUUUUUGAGUCUGCAGGAAAACAAGCACCACCACCACAAAACUACACUGUUGUACACACCCUGUCUGGCGGACAACGUCCCAACAAAAAUCAAAAGACCAGCAGCCGCGUCUGCUUUCUGAGAACACUUUUUUUUUUGGAGUUAAGAUUAAAAAAAAAAACAGGAAAAAAAGAGAAAUAAACCCUUUUGUUAUAAGCUACUAAAAAAAACGCAACACAGCUGAAUCAUGAAGAUGUGGUGUUAUAACCAUUGACAAGGUUUUUUUAAAAAAAUAAAUAUAUUAUAUAUAAACCUGGUGGGGGGAGGGGGGAAUACUUUCAAUGCUUAAUUUGUACAGACAAAUUGUUACAGGUGUUGGGUUCGUACAUUGCGAAACGUGUCGGAAAAAGCCAUGACCAUUUUAAACCAGGCAAUUUCUAUGAAAAUUUCGAAUUUUGUGUGUGUGUGUGUGUGUGUGUUUCCCUCCCUCCCUACUUCAAACUCUUUGCAUUCCCUAUGUUUUGAACCAAGAAAGAGGAGGAAAAGUCAGUGGAGAGAGAGAGAGAAAAAGGGGGGGAGCAGUGAGGUGUAGAGAUAAGAAGAAGGUGAUCCGAAAGGAACCCAGCCUUACAAAAUUCAGUGUUUAUACACCAUCAGUUUUGACAUCGGUCUGUUAUUAAAUGGAUGUGUUUUCAAAGACUCACUUCAACUCCAGGGCACUUCAGUUUGGGGAAACCAAUAGAAGAAAAUAAAAGGGAGAGAUUUAGUGAGGGGGGGAGUAGAGAAAGCAAAAAAAAAAAAGUUGCUGGACUCACACGGCGUUGCUUGUGAAAGAUAAGUGAGAAAGACGUGAAUGUUUGCAAACUUUUCCUUCCCUUUCCUCAGAGGACUUCCCUCCCUCCCCCCCAUUUUUAUCAUCACCUCAGAAAUGUCAGUAUUCCCGCGUGAGGAUUUCAGUGUCCCACAAAGAAUGCUUACCAUUGUAUUAAAAAACAAACACAAGAUUACUUCUUGCUGCUGUGAAUAAGCCGACAUUUCUUAUUGUUUAGGGUUUUUUGUUAGGGGAUGUGGGUUUGGGGCUUUUUUUUUUCAUCAUGGGAUUUUUUUUUUUUUACUCAAUGUGACAAAUACUUUAAUAUUGGGAUUUAUGCCACCGUUCCUCCCUAUGUUUAUCCAGUGAUGGACAUGCAAAUAUGCAGUAAGUAACAAAACUCAGGGCAGAAUCCUAACCCCAGUGGGAGUCUGUGCUUCUACGUUGUUGGGGCCAACACUUUUUUAAGAUGUUGUUUGUACAGAACUACAAAAUGUUGUUUGUAAGGGUUGUUACUUCCCCUGUUUUCUUCCUGAGCCCCCGUUAAGAGACAUUCAAUUGUCAGUUAUGAUUUAAACGGGGUUUUUAAGUAAUCUUGUGCAUGAGAGUAGGUUUAAACCAACACCCCUUCUGCAACCUGUUGCUGGCUUUUUAAGAACAAGCUGACGAUAGAGAAGGGUCUGUAGAGUGAGUUCCCUAUAGCAGUUGGGGGUUGCUGUCACAGCCAUUCUAAGCUAAGAAUCAGAGUUUAAGGUAAAGGUUCCCCUUGACAUUUUGUCCAGUCGUGUCCGACUCUAGGGCGUGGUGCUCAUCCCCGUUUCCA